UCCAUGACCAAAACUCAACAAGCCCCCAAGAAAAUAGCACUCAUGCCCGCCUGCUGAUACGUCACAGCGCGCGACUAAAAAAAACAUUCUACCACAGAGGCGCGGACUCUGCCAGGGCUGUGGUUUUGGACCGAUAGGUAAUGGUGCGUGCCCCGUGCCAGCAGACGAUCGAUUUUCUGAAUCUAUCGAUGCUGUCAGUCUCAAUUUAGCAAACAACGCCAGCUUAUUUGAAGGCCGCGCGCAGUAUAUAUCGAUUUCUCAAAGAAGCGGGCGAACAGUGAUGAAAAAAUGGCGAAUGGAGACAUCAGCUGCCCUGUAGAAUACUAGAGAGGAUUUCAUACCGUCAUCAUGAUGAACAGUGGAACUCGAAUGUCCAUCCGUGGCUCAGCCAACGUGAAUUCUCGGACAUCGCUCCAGGUACCACCAAAAGAUCGUUCUGUACGCCUGCGCGUAAUGCCAGAACAAAGCAAUGAUUACCGAGUGGUAGUGUUUGGCGCAGCCGGAGUAGGCAAAAGUUCCCUGGUGUUAAGAUUUGUGAAAGGAACAUUUAAAGAAAGUUACAUUCCCACCAUUGAGGAUACCUACCGACAAGUGAUAAGUUGUAAUAAACAAGUGUGUACUCUACAAAUUACGGACACAACCGGAAGUCACCAGUUUCCCGCCAUGCAGAGACUUUCAAUCUCGAAAGGCCACGCCUUCAUUCUUACGUACUCUAUAAUAAGCCGACAGUCCUUGGAAGAACUAAAACCUAUAUACAGUGAGAUUGUGCAAAUCAAAGGUGACCUUCGGGACAUUCCUGUUAUGCUCGUGGGCAAUAAAUGUGACGAAGAGUGCCGUGACGUUAGUCAGAGCGAGGGCGCCGAGUUGGCGAAAAGUUGGAAUUGUGCCUUUCUGGAAACUUCGGCAAAAACAAACUAUAAUGUGAAAGAACUGUUUCAGGAGCUUCUGCAGCUGGAAAAACGGCGGACAAUGAGUCUCCAAUUGGAAACCAAGAAAACAAAGUCACAGAAGAGAAAGGAAAAGUUAAAGGGGAAGUGUGUUGUGAUGUAGACUCCAAUCGUUGUAUGUAAUUUCUAUGCAGAUGUGUGUGCAUUUUGUUGAAUUCAUUUGCGGUAUCAGCAUAAACAUAACUUGUUUCUUUUAACAGUAGUUUGACGACUCUUCUCAGGAUUAUGCCCAUGUUAUAAGUUACAUCAUUUGAAUUUGCGCAUGCGUCGCUGUUACGUCCGGUUGUUCGUGUUCUGAUGGACGUCUGGGCACCAGUGCUUUAGUUAACAAACAAGGAGUUCGAGAGACAUCUGGAGUUUAUGUUAUAGUUAAAUAUGUUGAAUUGGACUGAUUAUUAAGUCCAAGAUCUUCGUUGAAUACGGUUUAUGAAAAUCUCUUGGUGCAAAAGCGAUUGUUUUUGCAAAAAAAAAAAUAUUUUUGUGUUAUAUCAACAACUAAUUUGUAUCAGGACUUAAAUAGUGUUUUUUAGAACUUGAAAUAUAAAUUCGAUAUUUAUUGUG